UUGCAAUUAGGCAUUAAUUAAGUAUUAUGAAAGUUGAUUAUUUAAGUGAAUUCGGCUUUCGACUCUCCGACUAUGAGUUUGGGACCAAGGAGCGGAGGAUGGACCUCGGCACAGCUGAAGGUGCCCGGUGCCCCGACCCGCCCGCAGGCAAGCCCCCCAUGGCGGCCAAGCGCAAAGGCGGCCUGAAGCUCAACGCCAUCUGUGCCAAGCUGAGCCGCCAGGUGGUGGUGGAGAAGGGCGCCGAGGCCAGUGCCCAGGCCGCCAGCAGCCCGCGGCGGCCCCAGGACAAGGAGGCAGGGCUGGCCCGGGCCCCCCGCAGCGAGGAGGACAAGAGGCGAGCGGUGAUCGAGAAGUGGGUGAACGGGGAGUACAGCGAGGAGCUGGCCCCGGCCCCCCUGCUGGGCCGCGUCCCCCGCGAGGGCCCCGAGCUGCCCCCCGAGGGCGUCUACAUGGUGCAGCCGCAGGGCUGCAGCGACGAGGAGGACCCCGGCCACGAGCCCCCCAAGGAGGGCGGCGGCGCCGACGAGAAGGACCCGGACGGACCCGCCUGCAAGGAUGCGACCAAGCAGGUGUCAGGGGAGGCCUCCUCGCUGCGGGACUACGCGGCCUCCACCGUGACGGAGUUCCUGGGCAUGUUCGGGUACGAGGACCACGACACCCGGGACGAGCUGGCCCGGAAGCUGAGCCUGGAGAGGCUGCAGGCCGGCUGCACGGCCGAGCCGGCCACCUCGUCCGCACCCGCGGGCGCCGAGGACGCGCUGGGCAAGCGGGCCCGCUUCUCCAAGUACGAGGAAUACAUCCGCAAGCUCAAGGCGGGCGAGCAGCUCUGCUGGCCGGCACUCGGCGCCAAGGCGGACGAGCGUGGGCCCAAGGAGGCCGCAGGGCCGCUGCCUGGCCUGCGGCUGCCCAGCACCGCGCACCUGGAGACCAAGGCCACCAUCCUGCCCCUGCCGUCUCACAGCAGCGUGCCCAUGCAGGGCCUGGUGGCGCGCGCCUCCAAGUACGACUUCUUCAUCCAGAAACUGAAGACGGGGGAGCAUCUGCGCCCGCAGAACGGCAGUGCCUACAGGAAGCCCUCCAAGUACGACCUGGAGAACGUCAAGUACCUGCACCUCUUCAAGCCGGGGGAGGGCAGCCCCGACAUGGGCGGGGCCAUCGCCUUCAAGACCGGCAAGGUGGGCCGGCCCUCCAAGUACGACGUGCGCGCCGUCCAGAAGCCGGGCCCGGCCGCCAAGGGCCCGCCGGCCCCCAGCCUGGCCCCGGCGCCCCUGGCCAGUGGGCCCAGCGCCCCCAGCGCCCCCGGGCCCGGGCCCGAGCCGGCCGCCUCCCUGCCUUUCAACGCGCCCGAGUACCUGAAGUCCACCUUCUCCAAGACCGACUCCAUCACCACGGGGACCGUGUCCACCGUCAAGAACGGACUGCCCACAGAUAAGCCCGCCGUCACUGAGGAUGUGAACAUUUACCAGAAAUACAUCGCCAGGUUCUCGGGAAGCCAGCACUGUGGCCACUUGCACUGUGCGUACCAGUACCGCGAGCACUACCACUGUCUCGACCCCGAGUGCAACUACCAGAGGUUCACGAGCAAGCAGGACGUGAUCCGCCACUAUAACAUGCACAAGAAGCGAGACAACUCACUGCAACAUGGCUUCAUGCGCUUCAGCCCGCUGGACGACUGCAGCGUCUACUACCACGGCUGCCACCUCAACGGGAAGAGCACACACUACCACUGCAUGCAGGUGGGCUGCAACAAGGUGUACACAAGCACGUCAGAUGUGAUGACCCACGAGAACUUCCACAAGAAGAACACGCAGCUCAUCAACGAUGGCUUCCAGCGCUUCCGGGCCACUGAGGACUGCGGCACCGCGGACUGCCAGUUCUACGGGCAGAAGACCACGCACUUCCACUGCAGGCGCCCGGGCUGCACGUUCACCUUCAAGAACAAGUGCGACAUCGAGAAGCACAAGAGCUACCACAUCAAGGACGACGCGUACGCCAAGGACGGCUUCAAGAAGUUCUACAAGUACGAGGAGUGCAAGUACGAGGGCUGCGUGUACAGCAAGGCCACCAACCACUUCCACUGCAUCCGCGCCGGCUGCGGCUUCACCUUCACCUCCACCAGCCAGAUGACCUCGCACAAGCGGAAGCACGAGCGGCGCCACGUGCGCUCGGCCGGGGUGCUGGGGCUGCCGGCCGGGCUGCUGGGCGCCAAGGACACGGAGCACGAGGAGUCCAGCAACGACGACCUGGUGGACUUCUCGGCCCUCAGCAGCAAGAACUCCAGCCUCAGCGCCUCCCCCACCAGCCAGCAGUCCUCGGCCUCUCUGGCCGCAGCUGCCGAGGCCACGCCCAGCGCCACCAAGGCCCCCAACAGCAAGAUCUCAGGGCUGCUGUCCCAGGCCCUGCCCGGCUCCAUCCCCCUGGCCCUCGCCCUCUCCAACUCCGGCCUGUCCUCCGGCUCGUCCUACUUCCCCAUGCUGCCGGGCCGGGGCACGGCCGCGCUGCCCGUGGGCGCCCCCGGCCUCCUGGGGGCCAUGUCCUCCGGGCCGGCUGCCUCAGCUGCCCCCGACACCCCUGCACUGGCCACCUCGGGAGGGGGCGAACCGGGCCCGGCCGCGGCCGCCUCGGUGCCCGCACCCACUGCCUCCAUCAUGGAGAGGAUCUCCGCCAGCAAAGGCCUCAUCUCGCCCAUGAUGGCCAGGUUGGCCGCGGCCGCCCUCAAGCCCUCGGCCACCUUUGACCCAGGAAGUGGGCAGCAGGCCACCCCCACCCGCUUCCCUCUGGCCCCCGCGAAGGCAGAGGCAGGAGACAACACGGGCACCCCAGGGCCCCAGGAGGCCGCCGACCGCAGUUUAGACCUGACCCUGAAGGAGCCCAGCAAUGAAUCAAAUGGCCACGCAGUCCCGGCAAAUUCAUCUCUUUUAUCCUCGCUUAUGAAUAAGAUGUCUCAGGGCAGCUCCAACCUCGGCAGCCUGUUAAGCGUCCCGACGGAGGGGGAGGGGAGCCCCUCGGCGGACUCGGGCCCCUUCCUGGGCAAGGCGGUGAAGGCCCUGGUGCAGGAGAAACUGGCGGAGCCCUGGAGAGUGUAUCUGCGCAGGUUCGGCACCAAGGACGUGUGUGACGCGCAGUGUGACUUCCUGCACAAGGCCCACUUCCACUGCGUGGUGGAGGAGUGCGGGGCGCUCUUCAGCACCCUGGACGGAGCCAUCAAGCACGCCAACUUCCACUUCCGGACGGACGGAGGAACGGUGAAAGGGAGCGUGGAGGGUGCCUUCCCGCCCGCGGCCGACGCCAAGCCCCCCCUGGCCCCCUCGUCCCCCCCAGUGCCCCCCGUCACCUCGGCCGCGGCCGCCUCGGUGGAGGGACUGACCCCCAGCCCGGCGCCCGCGCCCUCCGCCCCCACGCUGCUCGCCUGGAAGCAGCUGGCGUCCGCCAUCCCCCAGAUGCCUCCGCUGCCGGCACCAGCUCCUCACCUGCCCGCCUCGCCCCUGGCCACGACCUCACUAGAGAACGCCAAGCCCCAGGUCAAACCCGGAUUCCUCCAGUUCCAGGAGAAGUGAGUCCCUCUGUGACUUCCGGGAGUGUCCCCCCCACCCCAGCCCCCCCACCCCGCGAGUCGGCAUAGGUGCUAACAGGGGCGCCCCCAGGCCCCGCUGCUGUCCGCUGUCCGCUGGACGUCGCGGCUCAGACCUCACUGCCCGGUCCCAGGAGCAGGUGGCCCCGGGGAGCAGGGAGACGCCCUGAGGACUGCCCGGAGGAAGGGGCACUGCG